GCAGCGCUACUGGUAAUGUGCUCCGAGAUUUUUCGCGAAUGGAGUCCGUCGAAAUUUCACGAAAGCUCCAGAAAACGGAAGGAAAUGCGAGACGGAACAUCGAAUCAUGGGUGGAGCUGGUGGCGGACCCGCCACUUGCAGCCCGGAUAACGCCGACACCUUUUAGCAUCACCGGCGAACGCGAAUAUCUGCGACUUCUACGAGAAGCACAAAGAGAUUCCACACAUUCGUCGGCGAGGCAUUCCUUGGCGUCCUCGCGCCGCGACACUCCAAGGGACAGCCCGAAGAGCCCACCGAACAGCCCAAACACAGAACUCUCGACCGAAGAUGAGCUGAAAGGCGUGUAUAUAAAUUACAACUACAACAAGGAGGGCGAACUUCUAGAAAAGAACACGGAUUGGAUCUACGAAUGGAGCUCGCGACCGGACCAGGCGCCGCCAAAAGACUGGAAAUUUAAGCAUCCCUUGGGCAGUAAGAGGAAAACAUACAGCAUCCGCACCGCAAAGGUUGGCAAAAACGGAUUGUUUUCCAAGGAGGUCAUUUACACCCUAUUCUUUACGAAUCUUUUGUCUCUGCUCAUCGGCACCGGUCUAGGGCGGAGCUUGAUGAUGUCCCGCGUCGCCAUUGAGUGAAGAAGAUGAUGAUUUGGGGUGUGUCAGCAUCAGGAUUUGGUCACGGUUGAAUCUGACACGGUGGGGAAGGCUAGAGAUGCAAGAAAGACUGAACAAGUCGGUGGGCGAUCGAGCCUAAAAACAGUAAACACGCAGCACAUAAUUCGAUUGUCCCGAUUUAUAAUAUUAGCACUUUGUAUUAUAAAAGUUAUGUAAUAUUUUCAUCGGUGAAAAAUUCCGUUUAUUUUGAAUCGAAGAACUCAAAAAACGCAUUCUAUAUAUUAUACUAUAUAAUGCAUUUCGUAAUUUAAAACUGAGGAAUUUUUUGCCGGUGAAAAUAUUACAUAAUUUUUGCUUAUUAAUUAAAUAAUCCCAUAAAAGAAGUUGAAAGAAUAAUUUUAACGUGUACAUUUUGGAGAAGCUAGAGUUUGUAUGGAAACGUUUUGCGAAUGUGUGAUAUGUAUAUGCUACAUUUUUCAGUAAAAGAAAUUUGCGACGAUAUGAUGCUUUCGAAGAUCGAUUUUGUACUUUAGAUGAGGAAAUGGAUGGAGAUAGUAGUAUAAUCACUAACUUAUCGAACAUAUGCACAAAUGAAUUUUGCGGAAUAAUCUUUUUGAGUUUCAAUUAGAAAUGAGUAUCGAUUAAAACUGUGACAGAUUGAAAAAAAUAUGUCACUUGUAUUAGUGAUUUAGGUAAGUCAUAUUUGGAUAUUUAGAUAAUGCUAAAUACAUGUUAGAAAUUGUGCAUACGUUUUUUAUUUGCAAAAUCAGCAACGCAAUUCCUGUUAUGUGAAUUAACAGAUUUUCUUUCCAUAUUCUUAGAUAAGUUGCGCGUUAUUUAAUUUACAAUAAUGAUAUUCAACGUACUUUUUAUAAGCAAUUAUUUUGUAAUAUUGUAUGUAUGUUGUCAUACGCAUAAUAAUAAUCGUAUUCCGUAUAUAGUAGUUGGCGUUGGUGACUUUUUAGCGUUGUGUCAAAUAUUCGAUUCUCUUUCCAUCAAUAUAUUUUUUUGAAGCUGUUUAUCUUUGCUAAAAUUUAAAGUUUUAAUUAUGGAUAAUUUAUACAUAAGAGCGCUUCAAAGAAUAAAGGGUUUUAUAAGUGCAUACUUAUGAUGAAGUAUUCAAUUUUCAUAAAUAGUUUGCAUUAAUUACUUUUUUGAAAUUGUGCCCUAAUCUUUGUUCUGCUUUGUAAUUUGACUCUCAAAAAUCGAAUUUGAAGUGACAGAAAUUGAACUCUAGACAAUUUCAGUGCUAUAAGUAGCACACAAAUUAAAAAUGGAUUUAACCUUUUUCUCUUACAACUAGGCAAUAUACUAAAAUAAUGUUGCAAUUGUAUCACGAAAAAUGUAUCGAACAAACUUUUUUAUGUCGGACGAGGAAUCGACUGAUGAGAAGCACGAGAGUAAUGUAAAAAUUUUCGUGCAAAUUCUACCACUGGAGAAACCGUGUGAUUCUUGCGCAAAGAUCAAUGCGGAUAAUAAGGUUUGAUAAAAAGUUUGAUGUCAAUCUUUUUUUCGUCAAAUUAUGAUAUAUUACGAGCUUUUUUGGAUAUUUGUUUCUAAGCGAAGAAAACAUUUCUUCAGCAUAUUGUUAAUGUGUACCACUGUGUAUUUAUUAAGAUUUAUACAUUUCUUAUCAUAUA